UUGAAGGAGUGAGAAAGGCAACAUAAAGGGGAAUAAGUCAAUGCAAAGGGACGUCUGGAAAAAAUUACCCGUUUGAUGCUUUGGAGAAGGUUGUCUUAAAGAGGACUUUAGCACACAACUAGUUCUGCAUCAGUCUAGAGUGCUGCACUCAGAUGUUGCACAUCUGCACUGCCCACUGUUACAUGCACUGCCAGCCAGCCCUGUCUGCACACACAAAGUCCUGGGCAACUUCAGCAAUAAGCCUUCUACUAGCCAGAGUUAUAUUUUAAUAUAAUGUGAUAGUUUAGCUAGAAUUUUUUAUAUUUUUUUGGAAACCACGUUGGACAUUUUUUUUGUAAUAUCAAUUUUUAUACUUUUUACUACAACUGGCCUUAAUUUUAUUGACUGCCUCAAAGUUGCUAUUAAUACCUCAGAGUUGGAAACUGUUCUCAACCAAACUGCCUUUCAGACCACACAGCAAACUGCAUUAUCUGUGACCACAGGACCCAGGAAACAUCACCAAGAUGCAUUGCGAAAGGUUUUUAUGUAUCCUAAGAAUAAUUGGGACCACUCUAUUUGGAGUCUCUCUACUACUUGGAAUCACAGCAGCUUAUAUCGUUGGUUACCAGUUUAUCCAAACAGACAAUUAUUACUUCUCAUUUGGACUUUAUGGUGCAAUUUUAGCACUUCACCUCAUAAUACAAAGUCUAUUUGCCUUUUUGGAACACAAAAAAAUGAAAAGGUCGCUUGAAACUCCUAUUAAACUGAAUAAAUCAGUUGCUCUUUGUAUUGCUGCAUAUCAAGAGGAUCCAGACUACUUGAGAAAAUGUUUACUGUCUGUGAAACGGCUAACGUACCCUGGGAUAAAAGUCAUUAUGGUUAUUGAUGGGAAUGAUGAUGAUGAUAUUUAUAUGAUGGACAUAUUUAGUGAAAUUAUGGGAAAUGACAAAUGUGCCACUUACAUAUGGAAAAAUAACUUCCACGAGAAGGGUCCCAAUGAAACAGAACUGUCACAUAAAGAAAGUAUGCAGCACGUAACUCAAUUGGUGCUCUCCAACAAAUAUAUAUGCAUCAUGCAGAAAUGGAACGGAAAAAGAGAAGUAAUGUACACUGCUUUCAAGGCACUGGGGAGAAGCGUGGAUUAUGUACAGGUCUGUGACUCAGACACAGUACUUGAUCCCGCUUCAUCUGUUGAGAUGGUGAAGGUAUUGGAGGAAGACAUGAUGGUUGGAGGAGUUGGUGGAGAUGUCCAGAUUUUAAACAAGUAUGAUUCCUGGAUUUCUUUCCUGAGUAGUGUCAGGUAUUGGAUGGCUUUUAACAUCGAAAGAGCUUGCCAAUCCUACUUUGGUUGCGUGCAGUGCAUUAGUGGACCUCUCGGAAUGUACAGAAAUUCAUUGCUGCAUGAAUUCAUUGAAGAUUGGUACAACCAAGAAUUUUUAGGCUCCCAAUGCAGUUUUGGAGAUGACAGGCAUCUAACCAAUCGAGUUUUGAGUUUAGGCUAUGCAACCAAAUACACAGCAAGAUCCAAAUGCCUUACUGAGACUCCUACUGAAUACCUUAGGUGGCUUAAUCAACAAACACGUUGGAGCAAAUCCUAUUUCCGUGAAUGGCUGUACAAUUCAAUGUGGUUCCACAAACAUCAUUUAUGGAUGACAUAUGAAGCUGUGAUCACUGGAUUUUUUCCAUUCUUCCUUAUUGCCACUGUCAUCCAGCUUUUCUACCGAGGAAGAAUCUGGAAUAUUCUUCUUUUCCUUUUAACAGUGCAGUUUGUAGGCCUUAUAAAGUCAUCAUUUGCCAGCGCUCUCAGAGGAAAUAUUGUCAUGGUUUUCAUGUCUUUUUACUCUGUGCUGUACAUGUCAAGUCUUCUGCCAGCAAAGAUGUUUGCCAUAGCAACAAUAAACAAGGCAGGGUGGGGAACAUCAGGAAGAAAAACAAUAGUGGUGAAUUUUAUAGGAUUAAUUCCUAUAACUGUUUGGUUUACAAUUCUCCUUGGCGGUGUCAUGUUCACGAUAUGGAAAGAAACAAAAAAGCCAUUUGCCGAAUCUGAACAGACAGUACUGAUUAUUGGUGCAAUACUCUAUGCAUGUUACUGGGUAAUGCUUUUGACUUUAUACGUUGCUUUAAUCACUAAAUGUGGUCGAAGAAAGAAGGACCAACAGUAUGACUUAGUAAUUGAUGUAUGAUGAUACUGAAUUACCUGUUAAGUGUGCAAAACUAAAAUUAUCAAAAGCCUUAAAAGACUUUUUCUUUAGGAACUGUAGUAUUAUUGACAUGAAAACAUGUCACAAAGGGAUAUGCAACACUGCUGCUUGGACUUGAAUAUACACAACUUUUGUGGGCUCAUUUUCAUUCAUCCAAAGAGAAAACAAAAAUAGUUGUACACUUUUUUACAAUGAACAAAUAUUUAACCUAUGUUGCGCCAUUAAAAAAUGGAGUAACUUAUAUUAUUUAUGCACUUUUUUCUAUUGUGCAUACGCCUGACAGUGUUACGUUCGAUAUACCUCACUGGUCAUGCUUAUGUCUGGGUGGUCAUAGUAGAGAACGAAAGAGUUUUGAAAGAUUAAGAAGCCUCAUUCACAAAGGAAUCUUUUAUGUCUUUUUUAUGUUCCCAGUGAUUAGGCUUACGGACUCUAGCAAUACCUUACAAUAUAAUUUAUAAACUUUGUUUUUUAAAGUUACUUUGUUUUAUUUUUAUUUUUUAUUUUAGUGGUGGCCUAUUAUUUUAGGCUGUCAGAUUUAAUGCCAAUUAUGAUGUGAAAAAUAAUCAUAUUGGCUGUGCUGUAUUUUUAUAUUAUUGUAUUAAUUAUGUUUUUUAUUUGUAUGCCAAUGUUUAAAUUUUUACAUAUUUUAUAUUUUACUUAUCUGCUAAAUCAUUUUGUUCUUUAUUCUUCUAAAUUGUGGUUUGUUUGUUUUUUUUUUGUUUUUUUUUUAUUUUUAAACUGGCCAAAAUGUGAAACUUUAUAUUAGUUCAUAUUGUUCACAAAGGAAAGAAUAAAAUAAUUCUUUAUACAUAUA